UUCGAUUAUUGUGCUCACUUGAGUAUUCGCACGUUCGGAUAAAUACAUUUCCAUCAGAUGGCCACAGCGAAGACUGCUGUCGUAUCGUGCAUUCCUUAGAGGCACACGCUGCUCUCAAGGUCCCAGAUGCUACAUGUCCUCGCAAACUUCCGCCAGCUCCAAGCCUCUUCCCUAGCUUCUAGAUGCACGUAUCUUCUCCGUCACACCCGCAAUAUUGCAGAUAAAUCAGAUCAGGAACGCCCCUUUGACGAAGAGACCCUUGAUCGAACCACAGCCCAUGCAGGUCUCAGUGAUGCCGAUGUGCGCAGGGUGCAAGAUGUCGUUGGCGCAGCGCUCCGCAAACGCAGAGCAGCUGCGGAACCAUACGUGAAAGCGCACAGAAAAUAUCGCGCAUCAGCACCUUAUAAAAAGUUGGUACGGGCGUUCGAGUUGGCGGAGGUUCAAAAGAAGGGGAAGCUCGUCAGGUCAGAGCUAUGGGAUGCCUACACAAAUGCAAGAUACCGUCUAGGCAGCGAACUACCCUCUUUGCUAUCAGAAAAAGCAUGGGCUCUGCUAUGGAGAUCGCAAGAUAGCAUACCCUCGAAUCCAGGGCUUCGUGCAACCCGCCUUAGAUUAUUGGCGGCUGAUCGCGAGAAAGCGGGCUUCACAACCACAUUUGCAGAAAGAAUUGCCAAGGUUGAAGCCCUCUUCAAUAAGGGUCACAGAGAAGAAGCUCUACAGCAAUGGUCGGAUGAACAUAAUGAACCGACCGAGGAAGGUGAUGGCUUCAGAGCCGAACAUUUGAGCCUAGGAAUUCGUCUGUACCAGAAGAUAGGCGACUGGGACAGGACAAAGGCAUUACUUGAAGAGCUCUAUAAGAACAACUCAGAGUAUGAUUUGAAAGUAAUGGAUGAGUUCAUUGCCGUUCACAGUGGUCGCUUGGUCGGUCAUGAAGAGAUCUGGGAGCUGUAUACCUGGGUUAAGUCGGUCCUCAAUGAUCGCAUGUCUUUGGCACAACGUGAGAGUCUGUUCGGCAUAUUUCACGCUCGCGGCUUUCCCGUCCACGCGGUGACCGUUCUAGAAGAUAUGAUACGUCACGAGCAAUUCGGUGAUUGGACAGCUGAGACGGCACGUCUAAUGUUGGACAGGAUCAGUAUUCUAUAUGCUGCCUGCACAGACACUGAUCAAGUCAAUGAGGUAUCCUUGACUGCUCUAUCCUUUCUUCCUCUUGAAUACAGCCUCGUUCUUUUCAAAAGAUGGCUUCACGAAAUUGUUGUUCGAGGUCAGACGCGAGCCUCUACCAAAAUUGUAGAACUCAUGUAUGAACGAGGCUUGAUUCCCCGUACUUAUCAUUUGAACCUGCUAUUGAUGUGUUUAUGGCGAAGUAACAACGGUACGAUGCAUUCUCAAGCGGAAGCAAUCGCCUUGCAGAUGUUGGGCGCAAGAAGGAGGACUCUGAAGCACGGGAAACGCACCGGACGUCAGAGGUCAAGCAGGGAGGAGCGAGAGGAGGAUAUGCCGGCAAAAGCUUCAAGCUACACUGGCAGUGACCAGACUCCUAGCACCCAAAACGAGAACACAGGACCCAUCGACGCUGAUACCUCAGCAAUCAGAAAGGCAAUGUCAAAGAAAAUUGAGCCUUUCUUUGAGAAGCGACAAGUACCACCAGCUGACCCCAAGACUCUCGCACAGCUUCUGCAGUACUAUACUAAAGCAAGUCGCCUUUUCGACGCCCAACAACUGAUGGAGUACCUGGACGAUGUUGAGCGAGAAGCGGAAGACGGACCAGCCUUCCUCGCUGAAUCAUCCCUUUUAGACGCGAAGGUCUACUACUAUAUCACCGUUGGUCGAGAUGAGGAAGUAUGGCAUGACAUCAUGAACAUGUCGCCGGGAAUGGGGAUGGCAAGAUACAAUGCUUCUGUUUACUAUAGACUGUGGUCAGAUCUUCGAAACGCUCGUCACAUCCAAGAACAUGACACGAGCCGACCAGAUCCUCGAGCGUUGUUGGCACACAUGAUCGAAUGGCAUCAGACAACACAUCCGUCCGAGAGAGUCAGGAUUUCCAAGCGUUUCAUAACACUCGCCACGAGGUAUACUGAUCUCCCAUAUCUGGUCGCCACCUGCUUUCGUCAAGGCUCUGAUCUGUCUGGCGCCCUCGUCGCCAUGCAUGUCCUCCACAAACAUUUUGGCCUGGCGCCCACCCCACGGAUGCUAAAGGCUCUGUUCAAUCAGCUCGUCGCACUCGCUCUUCCUACCGCUACGGCCGAGGAUCGUCGUGAGAACAGCCGACGUGGUGGACGAUGGGGAUAUACUAUGGUCAAAAUGCUACGUUUGUACCAUAAUCUCUUGCUGCAACGCGUGCAAUCGACCGAAUUCGCGCCAAGAACUUCCGUUAUCGACCUCGAGUUCAAUCCGCCACUGGAAGCCGGUGGCUCGUCGCUGAGGGUAUUCAACCACGCUGAAUCGACGCUCGACACGUUGUCGGAGCUAAUUCGCUUCAUCAUGGUGCGCAUGUACGAUCGGUCAGACGUGGAGAAGAUGAUUGAGCAGGCAAAGGCGGAUAUUGGGGUGCCCGACAUGAGCACAGGAGAUGUCGAUGCUCUGCACGUGAGAUGAGAGCUGUAUAUACCUAAAUUAGCCUGUACAUACCUGUACAUAAUUAUGUACAGGUAGGUUGACGUACCUACUAAUGAGCCAACCUACUAAUGAACCAUGUGAUUUGAGUACAACUCCAAACGCC